AUGACAUACGCUGAGACUGCCUUCACAGGCCCCAAAUCUCGACACCCGCUGCUUGGCAUGGACGCUCCGACGCCUGAUCGCAUGUAUGGUUACAUCUGCCAACGCCAGGAUGGUAUGAAGAAUGGGAAGCUGGAGUCGCUAGACCUCCCCAAGUCAACGGCCCACGGUUUUGUUUGA